GUUGUACGAUAUUUUAUUAAAUUCGACGUAUUUAAGAAACUUUCAGUUGCGUUCAAGUAGUCACCUUGAAGAUUUAUAAUUUUUAAUCAACGCAAACUCAAUUUCGCUUUAAAGAACACGCGAAAGUGACUCAAUAAACCGUAUUUUUUUGUUUUUUUUUUUUGAAUGUGUUUCGUGCGAAAAAAAUGGCCUGCAAUUUUUUAGCGAAUCGCGUACUUGACGUCAACAAAAAUUCCGAUACACUUUCGGAAGCAUCAGAAACCACCACCUCCGAAUGGACGUCUAGUUGGGACUCCAAGGAGGAAAUGAGGGACCUUCUCGCGAAACUGGGACUCAAGGAGGUCUCCGACUUGCAUCAGGACCGGUUUAGAGUUGAUAGGAAAAAAUUGGAACAGAUGUUAACUGGUGACAAUGAAGCCCUCAUACCAGCCGACGUAUUUUUUGCAAAAAUAAUGGAAGAUACAGACACUUAUAUAACUUGGCCAAAUAAAUUGAAAAUUGGAGCAAAAUCAAAGAAAGACCCUCAUGUCAGAAUUGCUGGUCGACCUGAAGACGUGAAAGCAGCCAAAGAAAGAAUCGUGACUUUAUUGGACACCAAGUGUAAUAGGAUAACCAUGAAGAUGGACGUGAGCUACACCGAUCAUUCCCACAUUAUCGGUAAGGGGGGUUUGAGUAUUAAACGUGUCAUGGAAGAAACUCAGUGUCACGUUCACUUCCCCGAUUCCAAUCGAUCGAAUCCGACCGAAAAAAGUAAUCAAGUAUCGAUUUCCGGCGAUAUAAACGGCGUAGAAAACGCGAGGAGCCGCGUCAGGGAAUUGAUACCUUUGAUUUUCGGUUUCGAGUUACCUAUAAUGACGCAAAACAUCGAUGCCACAUCUACGUAUAUCGUUAAGAUUCAAGAACAGUACAAAGUUCAAGUCAUGUUCAAAACCAGACCGAAACUCCACGCUACUUUAGUUUUGGUAAAAGGAGUCGAAUGGGAAGUCGAUCAAGUGAAACAAGCGACCAUUUUACUAAUGGAAUACAUGUGCGAAAGUUUAGCGAAUCAAAUUCCCGUACAAAUGUCUAUGGAAAUAUCCCCUCACCAUCACCAAGUCGUCUUGGGCAAGAAUCACUCCAAUCUCAAACAGAUUAUGAAAUAUACCAACUGCCAAAUUAUGUUUCCCGAUGCUCAGGAUCCGAAUAUUCCGAAUUUGAAGAAGAGCAACGUCAACAUCUCCGGAAAUAUCCACGACGUUUAUAAAGCUAGACAGUUGCUGUUGGGUAGUCUUCCGUUGAUAAUUAUUUUCGAUUUACCUGAAGAAAGUGGUAGUUUGAGGACCAGACCUGAUCAGUUAGCCGACGUUCAGAAUAAUUACGAUGUUACCGUCACUAUAAGACAGAAAGCUAAGCAGAAUACCAGAGCUUGCGUUAUCAAAGGUGUGGAAAAGAACGCUGGAAAUAUUUACAAAACUCGUAGUUACAUCCUUGGUUUCGACGAUCCUUACGUCCAUGCAGAUAUCCCUCCAACGUAUCAUCUUCCUCAACUGCCGUCUUCGUCGACGAAUUUGUCGUUACCUUCGACUAAUCCGAAUAUGAUGCGUCCUUUGUCUCCGAUGAUGAGUCCUCUUGUAUCGCCUUCUUGGAAGUAUCCAGCUACGCCGACGGGGCAGAAUCAAGCUCCGUUCGUGGGGAUGGUGCAACAGCCCCAGUUCGUGUAUAAUGUCGCUCAAACUAACGUGAAUAGUGGGUAUCAUUCGAUGAAUCAGACGCAGUUUACAUCGAAAACUUACGCGCAUGAGCAAUCUAACGAUAUUAACGGUUACUCUACUAUUUCGAGUAAUAAUUCGUCUCUUUCUACGGGUUCUAGUCCGAGAAAUUCCACGCCCACAUCCCAAAAACAAUUCGGAGAUGCACAAAGUCAAAGAACUGAUCUGUCAUCAGUCCUGUCAGAAAUGAAUUUUUCUCCCGGUUAUCACGGCACUUCGGUGGAUAAAAGACAAGAUAAGAACAAUCUGGUACCGAGCGAUUUAGAAAAUAAACGAAUGUUGGGAUUCAAAUUGAUGCAGAACAAAAACGUAGCCGGCGCGUCCAGACAACCGAACAACUCUUGGUCAGGAUAUUACAUAAGCCAUACGAGCCCUACGCCGUUUUCCGAUACUUUAAAACAUAAAAAAGAAGACGACGUAUGGUGUACGCCCCCCAAACGCAACAACGACGGUUACAACUGCAACGCCACUUCAUUUAAUACCAGCAAUAUAUUGGAUCAAACUUCAAGUCACGUUUUGAAUAAAUUAGUCAGCUCCGAUUGGCCCGAUUUAGCGACGAUGUUGACGUCUUUGGGACUCGAGAGAUACAUCGGGGUAUUUACGGCCCACGAAAUCGAUUUGACGAUAUUUGCAACUUUGAUUGACGAAGACCUUGUUGAAAUAGGCAUCACCCCCUUCGGGGCUAGAAGAAGAAUCAUGCUGGCCAUAACUGAGCUUAACAAAAGGUCCAACACAUUUUUGGCCGCCCCAGGUGCCGAAAGAAAAAAUUCCCCUAUGAAAUCUUCGAAUACUUACCCAACAACCAACGAACCUAAAUGGUAACACAAAAAAAAAUUGAGGGAAAUUUAUGAAUGAGGCAAUAAAAAAAUUUUCAUAAAUCGGUAUAACAAACAAUUUGGCGUUGUUUGAAAUUGAAAAAAAAAUUGUUUUCGAAAAUUUGAAAAAAAAAACUGCAAACGAUUUUAAUUGAAUUUUUUUUUAUAAAAAUUUGUGAAUAUUUUAUUUUGUGAGGUUAUGAAUUUUAGAUUCGAAUUUUCCCCUCGCAUAAUUAAUAAAAUGUUCUGAAAAUCACCAAGACGUUCGAGGAUUAAUUCACCCCGUCACUGCAGUCUACUAGAUAUUAGAUUUCAGUUUUUUUUUUUCAUUUUUUCGAAGUAAAACUUCCUUAAAGGGUGACUUUACUUAUUUUUUUUUUAUAAAUUUAUGUUUAAAUUUAAGCUCUAUUUAAGUAUUCGAUUAAUUAUUUAUGUCUUGAUAUUUGUGAUAAUGAAUUUUUGAAUUUAUAUAUUUAUUGCUAUUUGUUAUUUAAAUUAAAUGUUGACUUACUAUCGAAAAAUACCGAAAUGUUUUACAACAUCAUUUAGUGAUUUAAAAUGAAGUCGAAACCCAACGAAAUUGUUGCUAAUUGGUAGCUGGAUUAACAUUAAUACUAAAUUUAAAUUAAAGGAGCUGUAGCUGAUUAGUUGCUUGUUACCACAGUAUAAAAAAUUUGUUGCUAAUGGCUUUUGUCAUUAUAUUAAAUAGAAACAAGUUUCAAAUACAAUAAUUUUGAAUCGUCCUAAAUAUGAAGAGUUGUUGCUAAUUUGUAGCUGAUUGGUAACUGAAACUUUCGUUGUUUUCUUAUUACAAACAACUUGUUGCUAAUGAAUUAUGUCAUUAUACAAAACAACAAUUGUUUUUUUAAUUACAACAUUUAAUUAUGCCAGCUACUAGUCAUAUUUUUCUAAUUACUUUUAAGAUUAUGUGGAAUUUAUUGCUAAUUAGUUGCUGAUUCCUCGUAUUAAAACCAAUUCCACAUUAAGGUAGAAAAAAUAAUAUUAAAUCGCUCUGUAUAAGGAAUCUUGUUGCUAAUGUGUAGCUAGGAAUCUUGUUGCUAAUCUGCAGCUGAUUAGUUUCUUGAAAAAUUCCAUUGUUUUCACAGUAUAAAUAGUUUGUUGCUAAUUCUGUCAUUGUACAAAAUAGAAACAAGUUUCAAAUACAAUAAUUUUGAAUCGUCCUAAAUAUGAAAAGUUGUUGCUAAUUUGUAGCUGAUUGGUACCUGAAACUUUCGUUGUUUUCUUAUUAUAAACAACUUGUUGCUAAUGAAUUAUGUCAUUAUACAAAAUAACAAUUGUUUUUUUAAUUACAACAUUUAAUUAUGCCAGCUAGUCAUAUUUUAUUAAUUACUUUUAAGAUUAUGUGGAAUUUCUUGCUAAUUAGUUGCUGAUUCCUCAUAUUGAAACCAAUUCUACAUUAAGGUAGAAAAAAUAAUAUUCAAUCGUUUUGCACAAGGAAACUUGUUGAUAACUGUAGCUGUUCGUUGUUGCCACAGUAUAAACAAUUUGUUGCUAAUGGAUUCUGUCAUUAUAAAAAAUAGGAAUUUUUUUUCAAAUUUUCUAAAAUUAAUUUGACAACUAGACACAUAUUUUUUGCUAAUUAGUUGCAAAUACAGUUAAUUUUGAAUAGUUUUAAAUAGGAAAAACUGUUGCUAAUUUAUAGCUGAAAAUUUCGUUGUUUUUUCAGUAUGAACAAUUUGUUACUGAAAAUUCUAUUACGAGGAAACUUUUAGAGCAAUUUUUGGUAGUCAAUUAGCAACAAAUUUCCGUGUAUAUCAAGUAAUUUUCUUAAUAGAAGAAUCUUUCUGAAGAAUUAAUUGAAGUAAUUAAACUGAUUAGCAACAAUUUCAUUUUUCGAUUAUGUUAAACUGAUGUAUUAAAAUACAGCUCCUCGAAGCGAAUAAAUUAGAUAUAAAAAAAAUAUUUUAAAAAUAACGUUAAUAUCGAUUUUUUCAUAACAAAAUAUACAAUAAUUAUUUAUAAAAAGUUAACAAUGUAUCAUGAAUAUUAUCCGUAUUGUGUAACUUUUAAAUUAGUGUAUAUCGAAGAAGAAAUAUUUACUGUCAGUAUUUCCGUUAUAAUUAGACGUCAUUUGACAGUUUCAAAUCGGCCCCAAAAUAUUUUUGUAGGACUUUCGUACUAGAAAAAUAAAAAAAACAAGUAUAGUAUAUCUGUGAUUAAACUAUAUGCUUAAUUUCGAUAACGGUAUCCGUUAAUGGUUCUACAAUUUCGAUUUGGUACCGAAUCGCUUUAGCUAGCUAUAUAAUGACGUCAUAAGUUAAUUUUUUUGAGAUAUCUUUAUAUUUUAGCAUCAAAUUAUUUAUUGAAACAUCAUAUUCGUUGAGUGUUUUAGAUAAAUAAUGUUUGUCUGAUUUGUUUAUUGACAGUAAUGUUUGUCUAGCGUUUUUUAUAUAUAUUUAUAUUUUUUUUACGUUAAAUGAUUGUGAUAUUUUUUAGGCAUAAUAUAAUAAAUAUUAUUUUUCUCUAUUUAUUAAUAAUAAUUCGUAUAAUCGUAGUAAUAUUAUGUAAUUUUAAGAUUUUAUACAUAUUAUGAUGAUCUGUAAACAAAAGUUUUAAUUUGUUGGUUUCACUUUAUUCGAUGAUUAAAUUAAUAAUUCUUUUAUUAUAUAUGAAUUGAAACUUUUGUCGAAUUAGUUAAGUACCGAACGAAUUGUAAAAAAAAUAUACAUAGACUUAGGAAUUAUUAUUUACAUAUUGAAUUGAAUUAAAUUUGUUGCUAUUUUCA